AUGUUGUUUCAACUCCCACUUCUACUUGCGGUGUUUGCAUCCACAGUCGCAAGUCAAAAAAUUGGCUAUUAUCAGGGUGGCUGCUCUGAUCACGAUACGGAUUACUGUAAUUCAGAUCCUCGCCGUCGGAACUGUUAUACCAUCGGAGAAAAAGACGGCUCUCGCAAGACCACUGCAUGUGGUAUCCCCGACGUAUGCCCCUGCCCCGCCGAGCCCACGAUUAACCUUGGCAUCCCACUCAACGUACGCCCCAUCGACGCCAAAACAUCCAACGACAACGGCGUAAUAGCCGUAGUACCCGUUGGCAACGACAGCGACGAAGAAGAAAUUGGAGCUGCUGCGUACUUUUGCUGGCAACACAAGGACCAGGCUGAGCAGUUGGCUGCACAAACAUCAAGUGGACCUGCUACACAGCUUUAUCCGCUGAAAGAAAGGAAUAGCAUUGAUACGCUUGUUGAGAGACUUGGCGUCCUCGAUGUUAAUGAGCCGGGAAGAGAAGAAGAGGUUGGGACGCAGCCGAAGAAAAAGAAAGAGAGGAGACCAUCUACAUCGUCGCGACCACCGAGACGGGUUAAUCGGCCACCGACUUGGGAUACAGUUCAAGGACCUUUAAUGUCUGUACCCAAUGAUUUGAUGGCGAAACGGAAAGACCACAUUCGUCCGUCGAAACCGAGCCCGCAGAGGAAAAAACAAAGUUUUUGGUCUUCGUUAUGUUGUGGCUUCGCCGACAACGACGAUGAAGCCGUCAUAUUGACACCGCAGCACGCCAAACCCAGACCAGAUAUCCAACAAGCCCAGAAACUACCACAGUCACAACACCAGCGACGCCGCCGCUCUAGUAGUAACAAUAACACCCCAGCACAACCCUCCUCCCCCUCCCAAACACCACCCCAAAAAACCCAACUCCACCCAUCUAUCCCCCCGCACCUCUCCCCCCACAUCACCACCACCUUGCUCGCCGAACUCUCCAAACCAAUCUCCCCCCACGACGACGAAGGUUACAUUUACAUUUUCUGGCUUACACCCGAGACAGCGGGUCCGGCACCGGCUUCUACUGCUUCUAGUCUGUUGACGCCGCCAUCGGGGAGAGGAGGGCAGAGGAGAACGAGUGAUGUUAUGAGACAGUUUUCUGUCAAGGGCAGUGGUGGUGGUGGUGUUGCUGGGAGAGGCGGGGGGAGUAGUGGAGGGGCGAACAGGGCAGGGGUAAAGGAUGGGAAAGAAGGGGAGAAGGAGAAAGACACCAUCCUCCUCAAAAUCGGCCGCGCAAACAACGUCCACCGCCGCAUGAACGAAUGGUCGCGUCAAUGUGGGUAUAGUUUAUCGCUUGUGCGGUAUUACCCCUAUGUUCCCUCUUGCUCUCCAUCCCCAUCCCCAGCGCCCUCUCCAUCCCGGCACCCCGCUUCUUCUUCACCAUCACCCACCGUCCGCAAAGUCCCCCACGCAAUGCGUGUCGAACGACUAAUCCACCUCGAGCUUUCCGCCCAACGCGUAAUCAAACAAUGCGAGGCGUGUGGAAAGGCUCACAAGGAAUGGUUUGAAGUCGAGGCUAGUCGUGAGGGGGUUAGGGGGGUUGAUGAGGUUGUUAGACGGUGGGUGAAGUGGGAUGAGGCGAUGAGGGAUGGGCAGGGCUAG